GUGCCCGUCAGCCCGGGAAGGGGCGGGGCGGAGCGUCGGAAGUGCGCGGUGGCGCUCGGAGCGCCCGGCCCGGCCCGGCCCGGCCAGCUGCGUAAAACCAUAAACAUGAAGAAAUUAAAGCUUAAAGAACUGGAAAGCUGUCUUCAACAAGUUGAUACUUUCGAAAGUCCAAAACUACUCCUUGAACAGUAUCCAACAAGACCUCAUAUUGCAGCAUGUAUGCUUUAUACAAUUCACAAUACUUUUGAUGAUAUUGAAAACAAAACAAUUGCAGAUUUAGGAUGUGGUUGUGGCAUGCUCAGCAUUGGAAGUGCAAUGUUAGGAGCAGGAUUCUGUGUGGGGCUUGACAUAGAUGCAGAUGCACUGGAAAUAUUUAAUACCAAUAUUGAAGACUUUGAGCUCACGAAUGUCAACAUGGUUCAGUGUGACAUCUGUUCUUUAUCUGACAGCAUGUCAGAUACUUUUGACACAGUUAUUAUGAACCCUCCGUUUGGUACCAAGCAUAACAAAGGAAUUGAUAUGAUUUUUCUGAAAACUGCUCUACAAAUGGCAAAAACAGCUGUAUAUUCCCUUCACAAAACUUCAACACGACAGCACAUUCAAAAGAAAGCAGCAGAAUGGGAAGUGAAGAUGGAAGUCUUAGCAGAACUUAGGUUUGACUUACCAGCAUCAUACAAGUUCCAUAAGAAGAAAUCACUGCAGCUCAGGCUUGAGUGAAUGCAGUGCUGAAGGCCACAGGAACAAGGAUGUUACAGCAGUAGCAUUAUUUCAGAGCCAGCCUGGGGGCAGCAGGAGGAAUUCCUGGGCUCACUGUUAAAAGAUACAGUCAAGACACUACAGUAUGGCAGCCUAAGCCCACAGUAAGUUCCUUGCUACUAAAUGCUGGCCUGGAAGCCAUGUAUCCCCAUCCCUUACUAAAAGGAAAGUAGAGAGGAGAGUGAGCAAUAGUUGAAUACUGUUAAGUAUGUAUGUUGAGCAGCAAAGAACAGAAGUAUUAAUCAGCUGCUGACUAUAUUAUUUAAGUCUGUCCUUAUCUUUGCUAUUUCACAGUUGAAACAUUAUACUAUAUUAACCAGGCUUCAGUAGAAAGCAGUUUUAAGGUGUGAAUUUAUUGCCAGCUGCUAUUAAACAUAACCACGAGAUUACAAAGUCCAAAACCUUUUACAUUUGAAUGAGAUGCCAGAAAAAUUGAGAAGAUCUGACAGUAUAAACAAAACUAUAAAUAGAAAAGUUUUCCAGGGUUUUAUGUUAGCAGUAAGCAUGCUUCUUAAACAAAAAAAAAAGCUGUAACCCAAUAAAAUGAAACUCUUCUCUAAUUGUAGGUUGACAUUGAAGUGGAUUUCAUUAGAUUUUCUGCCAAAAAAGUCCUGAACUGAAGCAUGUAUUUAAAAUCUAUUGAAAAUGGAACAAUAAAACCACUAUUUUUUUUAAA